AUGUAUAAUUCACUAUCUUCUUCAUGCUCCACUGGCUUUAUUGGCAGCAGCUGUUAUGGUCUACCAGUAAAUAAUGACACACUUGAAAAAAUAUAUUGUAAUAUACCAGCAACUGAAGUUCUUGAAGAAAUGUAUAAGACACUGAAAUUGGAUAUUCCUCCAAUGUAUACGUUUCGUCAAGAAACUAUUUCACAAAAAUAUUUUUGUAGUGCUGGUUUUAUUAAAAUAUGGUAUGAUACAAAAGAAACCUUUUCAGAUAAAGAAGGAGCGAAAGAAGCUGCUGCUAGAAACCUAUUGAAGAUAAUUAUGUCUUUGGAAGAGCAUGAAAAGUUCCUUCAGGUUCUAAGAGAAAAGUUGAAAAAGAACCAGGAAGCAAAUGAUGAUGGAGGGUUAUCCAAUUUUAUGAAAAACUUACACCUUAAUAUUCCAAAGAAGAAAAAAAAUAAAAAUAAACAUAAUCCUACCGUUACUGGUAGACCUAGAAGAAGCAAAAAAUCAUUUGAUAUGCAAGUUAACACUCCAAAACUGGGUAAGAAGCAUAGGAAGAAAUUACGAAAAAAUCAACAAGCUAUGGCAGCAAUUAAUCAAAAUUUUAAUCAGGAAAGUAAACCUAAAAAGGUGCAAUUUGAUGAUAGGAUCCUAAUUCUCGGUGAAGAUGUUAUACCAAAAUCAAAUAGAUCAAAUGGUAUAAGGAGUAUAAUGAGUCAAAGAAGAAAGAACUCAACGGGUACGUCGAGUUUAUACGGUGCAAUUUCUAAUAAUUCACCAGAAACUUACCAAAUAUUGGUAGAGGAAUUUGCGGAAAAAGAUAAAAUCUGCGUUCCUGCUAGCAAGUUGUUGGAUGAGUUUUGUACCAUAACAAAUAUUUCUAAACCAAGGUAUGAAUUCUGCGACGAUGGUUAUGGAAACUACGUCGCAGAAAUUCUAGUUGGUGAAGUUAAAUAUAAAGGUGAACGGGUUUUUUGGUAUCCUGAUGAAGCUCAAGAAUGUGUAGCAGAGAUAGCUUUUAACGUUUUAUAUGCCAAAAUUGAUGAGAAUACACGAAUGGAAUUCAAAAGGAGAAUUCAUCAUGCAUUUAACAUGCCUAAAGAAAUGCAAACACCAUUAACUAUAUCACAGCAAGGAUAUGAAUCGCAAAAUCAUGUGCCAGCAUAUCCAAACUAUAGCGGCAAUCCUUGCAUACAACAACCAUUUGGAAUGACAUCUCAACUGCCUCCGCCAAUUUAUCAUAAUAAUCCGAUGGAAUUUACAUCUCAACCAAUAUUCAACUUACCACCCACAACAUUAGCAGCUCCUUUUUCAACACAUCAUGCUCCAAACCUUGAAAGUGUUCAGCAGCAAACUCGUCAAGAAAUCCCGGUAAAUAUUCCAACAAAACGUGCAAAUCGAACAGACGUAUCUCAGCAGCAAAAGGAACCCAUAGCACAAUAUUAUCCUAACAUUUUGUAUAAACUUGUUAAUGAAAAUGAUUGGGGUAUUAUUGAAUAUCAGUUCAGUAACACCUCGAAAGGUUAUAGAUGUACUUGCCACGCUAGAAAAUUAAAAUUCAUUUCGAAUCCAUGUGCAGAUAAAGAAUCUGCUAAAAAUCAAGCAGCUAAAAUUGCUUUCUUGGCGUUUUUGGAAUAUGGUAAUUCCGACGAAAAUCUAGUAUAA